UCGAAGAGUGCGGACGUGUGCGUGGAUACCGGUCGCGUUUAGAUUUUUCGUUCGUGCAUCCCAACGGAAACGAACGUGCGCGGUGUGCGACUAGUUGCUUUUCGUUUGCUACUGAUACUGAAUUAAAGUUAGUUCAUUAAACCUCUCGUUUACAAGUCAAUAAAAGCAAAAAAAAAAUACUUUACACGCACCCGAUUUAUUUACAUUUUGUGUUGUUGUUCCGCGCGCACGCAUUGCUCACAAAGAAUCCGUUUCGGGAAAUCGAACCAACGCCAGUACAAACUUACUCUUUCUCGCAAAAUAGAAGAGGGCAAAGAAAGUCUGUUCGAAAUUAAUAGCAACGGGGCAUACACGGUUUACACAUGCGGUCGUAAAGUGAACAGUAAAGCCAAACCGCAAACGCCGUGCAGUUGGGGUGGCCAAUUUCAUUGAAAUCGUGAAGCAAUCGAAAAUCCCAUUCCGAGCCGCAGCAAGUGCGCGAAAGAAACAGGAAACGGCACGUGAAAGAGUUGACCGACGCACACCCUUCACCCCCUUUCCCUCCUUGAUUAUAAAUCGUUCUCUCGCUAGACAUACCGAGAUCCGCCUACCCCCUAGCAUUUUCCCGUCCGCGGAAAAGGAAUCACUGAGAGAGAGCAGCAUCGAACGAGAGAGUGUGUGUGUGUGUUCGCGUUCAUCGGAGAAAAUAUUUGCAAGGUGUAUACAUACACCGUCGCGACGGUAGAAAAAAAAGUUUGAGCGAACAAACACACAAAGAAACGAACGCGGCGUCACCGGGGUAGAGUGUGUGUGUUUUAUUUUAAUUUUUUUCGUAUUCCGUGGUGUUUUUGGUUACUUCUAAUCGAUCAGCAAGAUAAAGCCCGCGAGAUACCGCACCAACCUCUUUCCGGACAUCGGCCUGCUGAAAUCAAACGCGUGUGCGUUCGACCAAGGUGUAGCGCUGCAUCCGCGUGUAUCAACAAUCGCAGUAUGUGUGUGUAGGUUAGUGCGCGAGUUUAACUGUGUGUUGGUGAGGUACAAAAGGUACAUUGCCAGCCGCAACCGUCUGGCAGCGCAAAGCACAGCAACAUUAGUGAGGUGAAAAGUGUUCGUGCGCCACCGACCAGCACCGCCGGUGUGUCUUUCAAAUGCCGUUGCGAUAACAACCCCCAGCGCAUGUGGACGCGGAACCGUUGAGCCGGGGAUGACGGUAGUAGAGCCCUUUGCCGGGGACCGUUCGUGCCGUGGUUAGAUGCCAUCCGUUCUGGCCGGUGCCAAAGAAAGGCAGGAAAAAAGGCCGUAACGCCGAUAGCGGCAGCAGAAAAGCCACCAUUAUUAUUUCCCCUGCACGACACACCUUGGCUUUUGUGAUCGUCCGCACUCCAACAUCCCGCGUCACGGUAUUCGGACACGGAAGCUAAUAAGCGGCGUGCUGCUCUGUCAACGGUGUUGUUCCUCUUUUGGAAGGGAAGAAGGUCAGGUCUCUUUACCCCCCUUUUUUUGCUUUGCUGCACCAGAACACCGGGUCAUAAUACACGUGUCUCAUCGUCAUCAUCAUAGCGCCCGAGUACAGGAACGGAAAUGCGGUUUUUCAUGUGAUAUAUGACAGCAGCGACCAAGGUACCGGAACCAUCCACAGGAACGUGUCGCAGAUUGUAGUGCUUCCCGGAAGAAAGGGAGAGAGAGUGGAUAACCGCGGUCUGAGCAGGCGUGAAGCGUGAAGUGAGCGCAAAUUCGGUUGCCAGGGUUGCCCGUUGUGGUUACACGUGGAAGCUGUGGUGAAAAUAGUGAUAAUUCUUUGUUCAGGUAUUAAAGUGAUACUUCAAGCGCUUUGUUGCUGCUGCCGUGUCUUGAUGGUUCCACUGUGAAGCCCACAAGUGUGUCGCUACGGUUCGGUGUUUAGUGUGAGUCACAGAGUGUGUUGGUCAGUGGUUCGAUUUACGCGCGUUUCGAUUGUCGUCCCAUUAACGUCCAGUAGUGGUGCUGCUUCACCAACCACGAUGGCAAGCCAACGGCGGACGAUGCAGAAGCUGGCGAAGGGUGCCGGCGUGGUGCCGGUCAACUUGUUGCUUUUGGUGUCGGUGUGUCUCAUCGGUGCCUUAUCGGGAGCCGGUAUGGUCAGUGCCAGUGCCAUUCCGGCGGCAUCCUUUCCGUCGAACGGGAACGGAAUUGCCAACAGUGCCUCGGCCGAUGUCGGCGGUCAUCAUCGCCGCCCGUCCUGCGUAGCUGUGCACCCGCUGCUGAAGCAGCGCGGCGUCGAUCCCAUCGACAUGCCCAUUGAUCCCAUUCCAGAUCUAAACCUCCGACACUGCGAGGUGCCACCGGGCAGUGGAACCUGCUGCACGCAAAUGACCGAGCACAAGCUCGCCCUGCACACUAAAACGAUGGUUGAGCGCAACAUCAAAGACAACAUCUCCAAGCUCUCGUCCGUGCUCGGAACCCGGGCUCAGCGUUUCAACGUAACGCGACCACCUCAAAGUGGGAUGGUGCUCUAA